AUGACGGAGAAGGCUCAAUUAGCAAUUCAGGAUGUGAAUAAAUUGGUAUAUACUUUAUUUUAUUCAUGAAUACCUUCAAAAGGACGUUACCAAGUUGUCGCCGCUGACACCAGAGGUAAUCAGUCGUCAGGCGACUAUAAACAUUGGCACGAUUGGCCAUGUGGCCCACGGCAAAACUACUGUUGUGCGCGCCAUCUCAACCGUACAUACAAUUCGUCACAAAAACGAGUUGAUAAGAAAUAUUACUAUUAAACUCGGCUACGCAAAUGCGAAAAUUUACAAAUGCGACAACCCCGACUGCGUUCCUCCCGGCUGCUAUCGAUCUUUCGGGAGCGCCAAUGCGGACGUUGUGAACUGCGAGCGUGAGGGUUGCGGAGGCAAAUUACGUCUAGUUCGGUAAGAAUUGUUUUCCAGCAUAUUUGUUGGGUGCGGAGUCGUAGUCGUUCCUUUUUUUCACUGACUGGUUUGUAUUAUGUGGUCAGGCAGCUUGCUCAUGCGUGUCACCUUAGAUUCACACGAGGCGGAAGUUAUGCUUAUCAGGCGUCCGGCCUUCUAAGACCCUCGCAAAAGACAAUUAGCAUCUUCUGGCUGGCGACAGGAAUCAGUCAAACCGCUAAGGCCGACAUCGAUAUUUAAAGGCCUGGCAAGUCGAUACCUUGGCUCCGCAAACUUCCUUUUACUAAAUGGGCAAAAGUCCUUUCCCGUAUCAUAAUGUAAUCAUCAGGCAAGGAGGAUUGCAGGCCUGAUUUAACAACUUUUUGCUUUACCGAUGAGCUGGUCUAACGGCUCCUUGAUUAUUCGUUCCACUGAUCUGCGCAGAUAUCCACUAAAGCCAUCUAUGUCAGUUUGACACUAAGUCUUCAAUUUACUCCUAUUAGGGUUUGGAAUUUCCUUAAUGGGAAAACCUGUCGCUUGUUAUCAUAGAUCAUGUUCACUUAAGUUACCUGUAGCCAUAAUAAAUAUAGGAAAAUAUUACCUUCAUUGAACUGCUGGUUUCAGUGUACUGAUGUCCAUAUAUUCAAAUAAGGCCUGCUUAUUAGUGACCAUUCGCACCACUUCUGAAACUGGCUUACCAUCUUGUAAGGGCUAUCAGUUAUUCUGACUAAUUUUCUUACCGUUUACCUUUGAAGCUUAUUAUUUAGACAUACUUUGGUCCUAAUAAAAGGAGAAGGCUCGUCGGAAAAUUGAGGUAUACUCGUGAAUUUUCAAGUCGGUUACACCAACCCGUCGUCAGACGAAAUGAAAAGUGUGAGGGAGAUAAUCGCACUGGGGAGCUAGGGGGGCAUCGAGGUUACAUCGGCAAGACAGACGUUUAUGUGUGGGGGUGAAGAAUGUGUUUAGAUAGGUGGCGGACGUUAGGGGAGGUGUUGAGGGUUUCACACAUGGUUCACUCUGUGGGGGAGGUGCUGAAUCCGUGAUAUUCUACAUGGCCGAACAUGGAUUAGCAGUUGGUGUCUUAGGGUGAGCGCAAGCCGGCGAACCGUGAACGUAAGCCUUCGUAGUGAGCGUCCAAGUCGACAUGGCGGUUGAUGCUGUUGUUAUUAGAGUGCCAAGCUUCUAGAAACUCUCGCGCUUGUCUGGUGUUGGCACCAGCGAUCACUUCCGUCCCCCCAGUUGAAGCGGUGAUCACACUCAAGGGCGUGCGAACACACGAGAGACAAGGGAUCCCGUCGGCGGAUGGCCAACUUAUGUUCAUUAAUGCGCGUCCCAAGUCGUCGGCCGGUAUGCCCAGCAUAAACGCUAGAGUAGUUUGCACAUGGAAUGCGGUAAAUGAUAUUUGUUUGCUGCUCUUUCGGUAUGGGGUCUUUUACCCGGGAUAAUGUCGUGCGCAAUGCAGACGCCGGUUUGUGGCCGAUGGAGAUGCCGAAUUGAUUUAAUUGUCCUUCUGCAUUAGUAGAGCUGAGUCAACUGAAGCAUAUUGGAUGACUUCGUCGUAAAGUAUGAUUUUUUGAAUAGCGGCGAUUGACAGAGUAAAUGCGGAUGCAAAAACCACAAAACAGACGUGUGCUUUUGGCAACUGGCGGUGCCUUUGGGUAUUCCUCUGACGACAAUCCUAGUUACCGAUUCAACUAACGACCUUAAAAUAAGCCGGGAAUGUCAACUUUAGUCACCCUUGUAUUUGUAUAUGGAAGUUAUUGAAUAUUUGCUCAUAUGCGACCGACUCCGAGGGAUUUAAGGUGAUGCCCUAGGAUAAAACGUCGACACCGUCUCUUAAUUGUGAUAAAUCCAUGAGUGGCACGCCAUUGUGACUGUUUUUAAUUGCGAAUGUAAUCUUAUUUGGUAUGGCUGUGGUCAUGCCUGAUCUAAUCGGCCGUGAUUAUAUCACGGAUUGUACCUCCAUGCGUGACGAUCCGUGGCAGUGACUCAGGGCAGCUUGACCCACUAUAUUCUCCGGCAACGGAGGCCGAAUAUCGGAAGUCCAGGAACCAUCUCCGUGUCUUGACGAACUGUGUCGAGUCGGGUUCCAAGUUAAUCUCCCCACAUCUAUGCCCUCAGAUGGUCAGCUACGGGAGACCGAGGGCAACAAGAUUGAGCUCGUGAGUCAGCAAACGAACAUACCCAGACCAACUCAGUCGUCAUUCUUAUAUGGCCGGAGGUAUCCCUGCGAUGUAGUCGCACCGAGUGCAGACUGUCUCAUUUGGGACGAAUCGGACGUACUUCACUCGAAGGAUGAUCCUCAGGUAGCGGUGGCUAAACAACAGUUUCCUUUCAUCUUCAACGCGCACAGCCCAGCAUUCAAAACUGUAAAGGAGGACUGACUGGAUGGGUGCACGGUACACGCUUAUCUUCGUAGCAAUGAAAAUGUUGCGUCGAGUGCAAAGACACUUUGAAGGACAUCAGAAAACCUGGCGGGCUGCAUCGACUCGGGAGACAAUGUCUUUCUUACUUUGUCCAUUCGGCAUCAGACUCGCCCCGAAGUAUUUGAAAGUAGUUCUUCAAGCUGACAUCCAUUAAUCCCGAAGGAUGUCUUCUUCUGGUCAGGAACGCAGCUUGAGAGUACUUUGGUCUUCCCAGCAUUUAUGGAUAAGUCCGCAGAUGUAGCAAUUUCAUUCAUCCGCCACACCACAGACUGUAGAUCACCAAAGCCUGAGGCUUGCAAAGGCGAUAUCGUCGACCUAAUCGAGAUCUGUUAGUUGGCCUCCGGGUGCAAGCUCAACGUCGUCAGAACAGUGUACGGCCCUUCCGAGAAUCCAGUCAGUGACGUACUUAAGCAGAAUGGACGAUAGGAUACAAUCAUGUCCAACGCCAUGUUGGAUAUCGAAUUCUCGGGACCGAUUGUUAUGGACCACAACUCGCACAGUGGUGGAGAGAUAGUAGGCCCUGGUCAUGGCAAGGACUUUGGCUGGCACUUCAUCUAGCUCACGAUGGACAGAAUAGAACGCAGCGGCGAAGCCAACAAGGCAGUUAGCCGUCGGUUGCUAGUGGCUAUGGCAGAAUUUCAGAAUGCGCCGCAGUGAUUAUUUGGUCCGCGCAUCCACGCCCAGCUUGGACCUCGGCUUAGUUUGGUCCCGUUCUAGAGUCACGCACACCCUGGAAUCGUCUUAGAGGGACUACAGCGGAGACCACAGCAACGUCGAUGAGGCUUAUGCCGCAGUAGUUCUCGCACUUCGUCUUAUCUCCCUUCUUGAAGACAGGCACAAGAAUACCUGAGCUCCAUUCAUCAGAACCGAAUUCAUCUCCCCACACUUGCUCAAUCAUCUCAUGAAGCCAGAGCGUCGACAGUUGGUUCCCAGGCGAAUUGAGCCAUUUGCAUACUGGCUCCGCAGGCCAGAGAUGCGCGGAGGUCAGUUUUUAUAAUGCCAGCCCAAAUUUCCAGUCGGCCACGCCGGUGCCGUCGGCUGUCCCAGUGGGAUUAGGCGAAGAUACAAGUGCUGUCCAACGCAUCUGUGCAGCGACGGAAAGUAUCACGGACUACUUCCAACUUUAGCGUCUACGCUUAAACCAAAACAAUUAGGGAGGAGAUCUACUUUGUCGACUUAAACAGGAUUACCAAGAGCCUUACGACGGCUUUUACAAAUUUUCACCGGAAAGCAGUCCUUAUGACGUGCCUUGUUGUUCGGUUUUGCUAGCACUUCAAGGAUCUUUUCGUAGAUGCCUGAAAUCAAGAAAACUGUAAUUAGGGUGUCUGGACGUUUCCGAGCUGUACGACUGUUAAGGGUCUGGGUCUAUAGAGUUUAAAUGUUAGGCAGAUAUUUUUUCCACCGGAGUGUGGUGUUUAGCAAUGGCGCUAUCACCACAUCUUGUCCUCGACAGUUAAGGUGGACAGAUUAUGGUAUAGCCUCCUGAUAUCACCGUCAGUAGUCUACUCAAGAUCUUAAGCUUCUCAAUCCUGGACCUAAUUGCGAUCGGAACGUACAAAAUGUGUUUUCUGAAGUUGUAUCUCUUUGAAGUUCAAAUCUCUACAACGGUGACUGACUCAUUUACUAUUAGCCAUUUAGAUCGUUUCACUGGAGACCACAUUUUUGCGACGACACCGGCUAUGGCAUUAGUCUUCCUGCGAGGUUCUCUGAGAAUCGACCUCAGUUUUGACAUGCUUUUAAAAAAGAUUUUGGCGAACAUACGUUUGUUUUCGAGAAACCCUCUUCAGGCCUGUACAUUUAUGUUGCUAUCGAAAGGAUUAAUAAGAAAAUGCGGGCAAGUAGAAUUUAUUCUGUAACUGAGGUUUGAGGAGAGGGUUUGUGCAGUGAAAACCCCAAACCCCAGCCACAGAAUAACUCAUACUUGCCCGCAUUUUCUUAUUAAUCAUUUCGAUAGCAAUAUAAAUAUACGGGCCGAAGAGAAUUUAUCGAAAGCAAGCGUGUGCUUGCCAAAUUGUCUUUUGAAUUCUUCAAUGGGAAUUUUCGCAACUCCAAAAGUUGCUUUUAACCAAAGACGCGUCGGAGGCAGCCGUCGUCUGUGUCAUUGCCAUGCAGCGGCUAGCGAGGGCCAGACUGAAGCUAGGGGAGGUAGUACAGUCCUGAAGACAGUCAACACCGUAAUUCCUCACUAGUCGUGCCUUUUGAAAAAUGUGGUCUGGAUCGUGGCUAGGCUACAAGAGCUGUCCUUGCUGUCCGUGAAUCCUGCAUUGAGCUGCUCCGCCGGACUCGGGCAAGUAUGUAGUCAAUUAGGCCUUGAUUAUUGUCAGACGGCAAUAUGUUUCUCAAGCUGUUGCAGCGGAAGUGCCAAGUCUUUCCAUUCAAGCAACAACCUCCGCCUGCCUACUCACAAAGGACUUGAUUUAUACGUACAUCACACUUCCCUGUCCUGGUACUGCAAUCCCCUAGAAGGAAGGCGUCACACACUGAUUCGCAUCUGAAGUUUGUCCUAAAGACUUCUUCUUCUUAUCUUUGCAUCGAUUGUUGGGUCGUAGUCCUCAACAAGUGCAACGUUGAAGACAGGAUCGCGGGAGCGUGCGAGUGCAAUCAUCCAUGACGCUGACUUUGAGCACAUACAGUGCGCGACCGAUCUCAUGAAAUGUGAGCCGAAAUUCUGAAAUGCGUUUUCGACUGGGAAGGAUUACCUAGGUGAGAUUGUAAUAUUGAUUACCGUGGGGCGUAAUCUUAUGAUAUUUGGGACUCACCAUGAUGUUGGUUUUUGGGUGCUCUUCUUUGCGACCUUUAAAAAUCACACUCGAUAAAAAAUGACUACUUAAGCGGUGCACUUUUCACAUUGAUUUUUGACGGCCUUAAAAAUUCAAACAUAUUUCAUGAAAACCACGCACAAAAAUACGGUUUCUCUUAAUCGUUUGGUAGCAAAUCACCCUUAUUUAAAUCUACAAGGUUUAUACUUUCCGCGUAAGUAGAAUCAUAUAUUCCUCCAUGCUUUUGAGAAGAUACCAUGUACUGUUAAUAAAAUUCUGCAGUGGAUGCAGACUAUGUUGUAUACCUUACGAGGGGCAUUGAUACACGCAUAGGUGCAGUGCUCCGUGAAUGGAAAUUGCGCGGCCUUGAACAUCUCAUAAUUAGAAACUUUUCUAAAUCCGAAAGUCGCUCUUUCUUCGAGUAUCAGAGAUGAAGUUGGUGUGACUUGCUACCAAAUGAGUAAAAGAAGGCGUAUUUUUGCGCGUGGUUUCCAUAAAAUAUGUUUGAAUUUUUAAGGUCGUCGAAAAUCUAUAUGAAAAGUGCACACCGUUUAAGUAGUCAUUCUUUUACCAAGUGUGAUUUUUACAGGUCGUAAAGAAGUGCAUCCAAAAACCAACAUCAUGGUGAGUCCAAAAUAUCAUAAGAUGAUGUUCCACGAUGAUCGGUAUUACAAACCCAUCUAAGCAAUCCCUCCCAGUCGAAAACGCAUUUCAGAAUUUCGGCUAACGCUUCAUUAGAUCGGCCACUCAUUGUAAGUGAAGCUUUGGCCUGACCACUUAGAUUGAUUGCAAUGCAACGCCAAUCAAAGUUGCCAUCAGACGCCGUGGUAGGGUGGAAAUGCUCAUCGGCGUCUGGAAAUUAACGCUGCGUGAACCAUGAUCUGCCGAAACUCCCAGAAGGACAGACAACGUUCGUAUUGUACUGCGCCAACGACCGCGUAGCUAGACACCUCGUUUCCAGUUCGAGAAGGGUUCCCAUAUGGCAUGCGGUCGGUCGUCGCUGUGUUUGUAUUCUCGGCUGGCUAUGGCACGAUGUGUAUUUGUUUGACUGCCAUCUACCACAUCAACCUUGCUAGUCUGACUCAAACAACCGGGGAAAAGGGGAAAUUACCUGUGGUGAACCGACGAGUUUCGGGGAUAUUUGCCUUAAUUACAAGCUCGACUUUCAGCUGCAAUCGGUACUUAUUCCGCUGCUCUAACAUUAAUUUUCUCCUUCCAUCUCCCGUUUAUUUUUUCCCCACUCCGUCCUGACUUCUCUACCCUUAUUGUUCGAAGCUUUGCCACUAGCGGGACAGCAAUUUCCACCAAGGCUGGCCCAACACUAUCCACCAUGGUUAGUGAUGAAUUUACUAGAAGACUGGCGCUAGUUUUGACAUCGCAGCACCACCGACAGUUAUUUAGGCCAUCGAGUUGAGAAGGCAAUCAUUUUCAAAAUCUUCAAUCUGUUUUUUUUUACCAGACAAAGGCAGGUCGUGCGUAGGGUUUAAUGAAGUUGUAUUUUAGCUGUUACUUUCGACCUUCAACUCAAUUUCCUUCAAUGAAUGAUGCCUAGUGUAAAGAGAAGCAUCCAUGGGCCUCGUCAUCGUGGCAAUCGCUCACGUACUUUAAGGGCCUGCCUGAGGCAGAGCAUUAGAGACGUCGCCACUAUCAUUUUGAGGUCACGUAAUAUCCUGUUUUUCUCCUUAACUCUAUUGCUUCUCUGGCGUUCUACAAGCGUGUCCUACAACCUCGUUCGGUUUGUUGGAUUGGUAUAGUCUGUAGCUCAACACGGCAAUAGUACAACUAUUUCAGUCAUCUACCUUAUUUUGGGGUCAGGCCAAGACUUGCUGUUAAAAAGAAGUACAUUGAGGUGCUCGUGUCCCUUCUGCUGACUUGCACGGCACUUUUCAACCGUUUUCUGUUUUUUCUCACAUUUCUUAGGGUUCUGGUCUCCCGGUCGCUGCCUCUUUAACGUCUCGCUAUUAGUGUUUCAUGGCCGCAACUAGCUAGCUUUUGUCCACGUAAAGGUCUUCCCUCCGUGACUCCGCACUUAAAUAUUCCAGGUGUAAUACCAACUAUAUCACUCUUUUCUGAUCAUAUCGUAUCUAUUCCUGUUUUUCCACUCCCAGGUUGUCCCAACCCCGUCGAUUGUGUUUUAUUUAGCAGCCUCCCUAUCCCUUCCAAUUCAGUUGGUUGACACCCUUUGGUUUAGCCACGGAGCACAAACUGGAUUUAAUAAUCCGAUUGUUGUUAUGAUCCCGCCCAGUAUUUGAUCAGUGCUAAGUGAUAUGACUAGUCGCGUUGUUACUUAUUUGUCUCCGCAUGAGCACCAUUCCAUGCGCUCGUUUUUGCUUUCGAUAAGCCAUGUGUCCUUCGUCGACUGUCCUGGCCACGACAUUCUCAUGGCGACGAUGCUUAACGGUGCAGCGGUCAUGGAUGCUGCCCUUCUUCUGAUCGCCAGCAAUGAACCUUGCCCACAGCCCCAGACAAGCGAACACCUCGCCGCAGUCGAGAUCAUGCGACUGAACACCAUCAUAAUCUUGCAAAAUAAGAUUGACCUCAUAAAGGAGGCCACUGCACACGAUCAGUACGAACAGGUAUGGGUAACCAUUUACUUUUAUUAGGUAAUCAGAAGUAGGAUGCUUUCAUGUUCAUAAAUUUACACUGCCCUGUCUGUUACUUCAGAUUGUAAACUUCACUAAGGGCAGUGUUGCUGAAAACGCGCCUAUCAUCCCCAUUUCGGCCCAGCUAAAGUAUAACAUCGAUGUCGUCUGUGAUUACAUUGUGAAUAGCAUUCCGGUACCAGUACGUGACUUCACCUCGGACCCUCGUCUGAUUGGUAAGUUCCUAAAUCCGUUUGCCUCCUCUCGUGAGGUAUAUUCAAAGAUCCCGGCUGCGAUCUCUUCUUCCUGUUUUAGCCUAGACUCAAACUUUGCACUGUCUCCGUAUCCCUAAUUGCUGCCUGAUUUUCUUAGCCGCUCAGUUAUAAGAGAGUAUUCAUGCAGAAGGAAGCGAGGCAGUCAACUUGCAUGUCUUACGAGCCCGAGUAUUUCUGCUGAAACUCGUCAUUGCCGAUAAGUACCAUUCUUUUUCGUUUAGAUAACCAGAAAUAGUGGCCAGGAAAGCACCAAGUUAUUUCUUACCCCUUGAUUUAAGGGAAGACUAUCAGACUAUCGCUGUUGUACUUUUCCUGAAAUCACUUCGGUUAUGCCUGAGUGCCAGCCUCAAGAUUGGCCAGGUUGACCAGCUUAUUCGUUGGAGCUAUGAAAAGUGGAUAGACCUUUUGUUCCAUAAAUAACCUAACUUGCUUUAAGACCUCGAAGACCGCCUGAAGGGCGUUUACUUUCCAUUUAUCACAAGCGUCUUGCCGGCUGACGACGGCUACUAGAUCAGAGAUGACUCUUCCAGUCACUCUUGUCAUCGUCAGUAUUCCUUUUGCAUAUACGUGUUCGUUAAAACUAACUACUGGUCUUAUUCGUCCGACUCCUUUACCUCCACAGUCAUUUGUGGUCCAAUGGUCAUAUUGCCGUGCGCUUCAAAUCAGCAUACAUCUCGUUGCCUUUUCGUCAUUUUCCUCCUGCCUCAUAAUUUUAUCUUCCUCAUCGUUUUCAGUCAUCCGGUCGUUUGAUGUAAACAAACCCGGCUGUGAAGUCGAUGCUCUGCGCGGGGGUGUUGCCGGCGGCAGUGUACUUCGCGGUGUCCUGAAAGUAUGUUCCGCACCUUUGCUAUCUUACCUCCGCUUCUACUUGAUCUGCUUGAAUAUUGCCAGUCGGUAGCGUUACCCAUUGAAAAGUACUCAAGGGUAUGGUUGUAGGGGAGAGAAUUUUUUGAAAAGUUUCCUAGUAUUCAGAUGGGUUAAAAAGCCACUGUAGUAUUUUUGCGAACGGCCAAUGAGGCAUUUUGUCUAUCAACUGUUGGAAAUAUGUGUCUCAGUUAAUGAAGUACGCGUAAGCGAUUCCAGAAGCAGAAUGCCGUAAAUUACCUUUCAAUAGGAACGAACAAAUCAGACCGGUUUUGCCGGUAGAGGACAUCGGACCUGACGACGUCUUGGUAUGAAAGACCGUCCAAUUAACGCUUCGUGUUUAUGCACUGCUAUCUCGUCCGAAUAACUUCAUGUUAGAUGCCUAUACAUUUAUAAGAGUGAAAUUCUCAUUUAGUCACAAGAUUUUUUAUGCCUGGCCGCUCCCUCCAACUGCAGUAAUUUUAUCAGAUCUUUUCCCCCAUACUUUCCACUUUUAAGUAACCUAUGUUUUUCCGUCGACCAAACAGGUAGACUUAUAAACCCUGAUCGUAUCGAGUUUGCUUCCCGCACAAGUCAGCACAAGGAGACGGGCGUGACCAUGCGCUUUAGGACUAUCGCUCUUCAGAUAAUUCCCCUCUCUACGUCUUAAACUUAUUGCCUAGCCUAAACGUCAGCUUCUCCGCUCAGUACACGCAUGAUAGAGCUAACACCGAUUAACUCAUUACAGUAUAAUGGCAUAGUAAUUAGUUCUGUUUAUACUAUAAGAGUAAAGCAUUCAUACUCAAUGUUGCGUGAGGGGGGGAUGUAUUUGUGUAGCUGCCACCUCCAACUGUGUCUAUCUUACGACAUUGUGGGCACGCGCGUGCACACCCUUGUUCCAGGCUGACCGAGCCAACUGCUGAUCGGCCUGCUGUCAUUUUCCCUCUUUACUCUUUAGAUUGGUCAGGAGAUCGAGAUCCGUCCCGGUCUUGUGUCAAAGGACGAAGCAGGUCGGGUAACCUGUCGACCCAUUCGCUCCUGCAUCCUCUCGCUUUUUGCUGAGCAGAAUGACCUCGCCUAUGCCGUGCCCGGCGGCCUGAUUGGCGUGGGCACGAAAGUGGAUCCGCAGCUGUUCCGGGCUGACCGUCUGGUGGGGCACGUGAUUGGAGCUGUUGGUACCCUGCCAGAUAUCUACGUGGAGUUGGAGAUCUCCUUCUUCCUGCUGCGCCGCCUCUUGGGUGUCCGAACCGAGGGUGACCGCAAGGGAGCAAAGGUUGACCUUCUUACCUUUAAAAUACCUUAAUCGGUGAUAUCGAUGGUGUCACGGCUUCUGACACACUAUUAUUUAAAUUCCACCUAAAAUCUAAGUCAGUACUGAUGACCUUGUCUAUUCUGUUAUUUUAGCUGCGUUUGCUACUGUUUACACUGACCACUUUGUCCCCGUCUUAUGUUCUAGGUGCAAAAGUUGGCGAAGCACGAAGUGCUCAUGGUGAACAUCGGGUCUCUGUCCAGCGGUGGUCACGUGGUCGCCGUGAAGGGCGAUUUGGCUAAAAUUGCCCUCAACAGUCCUGUCUGCACUGAGGUCGGCGAGAAGUUGGCCCUCAGUCGACGGGUUGAACGUCACUGGCGGUACGUUCAUUCCCGCUCUGUUAAUUUCAGUCAGCCAGGAGCUUUGAAACGAUGCUCCACCUGUCAGUUGUCUCAGACUGCUUUCUGUAUUUUCCUGUCCUCCACGCUGCACGUACAGUGAGUGACCCAUCUCAUGAAAUGUUGGCUGAAAUUCUGAAAUUCGUUUUCGUCUAGGAAGGAUUACUUAGGCACGGUUGUAAUACUAAUUAUCUUGCGACAUAAUCCUAUGAUAUCUCGCACUCGGCAGGAUAUUAGCUUUUGAAUGCACUGGUUCUCAAUCUCCCGUAUAGAAACCCUACUCGGAAAAAAUGACAAUUUCAGUAGCAUGCAUUUUUCACCUUGAUUUUUGAUGGCCUUGCAAAUCCAAAUAUAUUUUAUAGAAACCACGGAGAAAAUAGGUUUUCUUUCAGUCGUUUGAUAGGGAAUCACGUCUACGUUUUAUUUUAUACUCGAAGAAGGAGUAUAAUUAGGUUUUAAAAAAGUUUCCAUUUAUGGGACCUUUUAGGGCCGCGCAAUGUCCAUUCAUAUAGCAUCGUGCCUGUCCGUUUACCACUGCUCCUCAUGAAAUGUACAACAUGGCCCGCAUCCAUUGCAAAACUUUAUGGACUCUAUAUAGUAUCUUUUUUAAAGGCAUAGAAGAAUAUGCGGUUUUCUUUACGCCGAACGCAUGCACCUUGCAGACUGAAGUCAUUAAGCGCAAAUGCAACGACUGAUCAGGCUCCAAAUUAUUCGGGAAUUAGAAAACUUUUUUAAAACUUCAUUAUACUCCUUCUUCUGACGUAAAAUAUGAAGAUGAUGUGAUUCUCUAUCAAACAACUGAAGGAAAGCAUAUUUCUAUAAAAUACAUUCGAACUUGCACGACCAUCGAAAAUCAACGUGCAAAAUGUAUGCCACCGAGGUAGUCAUUUUUUACCGAGUGUGAUUUCUGCAGGAGGACGAAAAGAAAUGCAUUUAAAAACUGACAUCCUGGCGAGUAUGAAAUACUACAGGAUUAUGCUGCAUGCCAAUCAAUAUCACAACUCCGCCUAAGUAAUCCUUCCUAAUCGAACACGCAUUUCAGAAUUUCGGCCAACAUUUCAUGAGAUCGGUCACGCACUGUAUCGUCCGUUGUUCAAGCGGUUCCAUUCCCGCGUCUGAUACUCCGCUAAUUUCAGUCAGUCAGGAGCUUUGAAACGAUGCCCCACCUGUCAGUCGUCUCAGACUGCUUUCUGUAUUUUCCUGUCCUCCACGCUGCACGUAUCGUCCGUUGUUCAGGGGGUUCUAACCGCCUUAGUGUUCCUGAUGGUGUUGUUCGCUGCACUGGUAACCAUCCCGAGCUUUGCCUAGGAAUGGAGAGUACGUCUGUGUUUAAAUGCGGCAUACCCACUUUGAAUAUAUUAGGGAGAAUGCAUUGGCAUUGCGCAUGAACUUUUUAUCGUUGUAUGAGCGUUAACAUUCUUCGACGUAACAGUUUCUUCCAUCGGUUAGAUUCCUGUUGGUCGGCUCUUCCGCAAAGUAGUUUGGCUUGCCGCUUUGUAUGCUCGGAAUCCCCAAAGGGCGGCACAAUAGCAUCCUUUCUGAAACACUAAACGCCACACUGAGCAGUCCCUCGAAAGUGCCAACGACUGUUGCCUUCCUUGUAAAUAUGCCUGGCCGUGUGCGAAUUUUUAUCAGGGACCAGAGCCUAACUCUUUUGACAAGUCACAAAUCCUCCUGGGCUUUUAACUCCCCCAUCCCCUGAUUUGUUCCAAUGUCAGGCCUCUGCCCGACUUUUGUGCUUAUGUUUGCACAUAUAUACAGCGGUGUACUAUCUUGCUGCCUUUCGUCUACGGAGACGCGUCGUCCUUCAAACGAGAGGCAACUGUCCCGUUUGAGCUGUCUUCGUCUCCAACACCGAUGAGCAAGAAGCCCGGGGGUCGGAACGGGUUAGCCGCUCGUUGACCGACUUGGUAAAGUUUGCAACAGCCGAUUCUCGCAUAAUCGUUUGUCCGAUGUAGCGACUAUCCGAUCCUUUUGAGACUUAGUUUAUCUCAAAUGCUGGGAAGAAAAACGUCGAUCUAAGCGUUGUGCAUUCGAUUCGCACCAGUAAGACUUGAGUUGCUAAAGGAUGCAAUAUUUAUGUGCGUUCUUUUUCCGCUCUUAUUGUGUUGAAAAAGUGCAAGAAGUACAUAAUUAACACACAAGUUUUUCUUACAUGUUUUUGAAUUGUGGCUCGGUCUACUAGACAAAGAGGCUACUGGGGAUGAUUAUUAAAUUUCCCGAAACACGAUAACAAUUCAAAUACUUCCGAAAGCGUACUGCAUGCUUCACCAUCAGAACUUGUCAGAUUUCGGCCUUCUACACAAUAAAACGCGCUAGUGAAGUGCAAGAGGGAAAAUCAAAGAAAAAUUCGGUUUGUGCAGCCCGAAUUUGAGCGUUCACGUUCGAAAACCUAUUCGAGCUUAUUCUGACUGAAGUUCCACUUCCCUACUGCAGUAGUUGUCCCGUACCUCAAAUGCGCCCUUGGCAGCCUGUGAGGCAUAUGCAUAAAGACAGCCCCUCGACCGUUAUGAGGUGAAAAACCGUUGAUACUAUCAUUUAUGCGGUUCAUUAGCUGUACACUGUUCACUAAGAAGGGAGCCCCCUCACCUGCGAAACAUGUUAUAUCAGUAAAAAUUGUUUGGCCGUCGUCCCUUUUUUAGCGCGCCUUGUCUUCGAUUAAUCUACAUUAAGGCAGUUGAUUUGGAAAUUAAGAGAAUAAAUUAAUGCAUUUGGUGAUGUGGGGUAGACUCCACCAUACUGCAGAAUUACAGUGCCAACUCGUUUCCAUGGUGUCGAUAAGACACGAAACUUGUCCUUCCAUGAUCACAUUCCGAACAUUCAUAAGAGCGGGUCUAGUUUAGAACAGACCUCGGCGUUCCGAGAACCACUCGUUAAGGAUACUUACAAAAGUACAUUAUUAGAUUAAGUUCAGGUGACUUAGCAGACCGUGGUGGACAUCUGGUGCUAUGAAGGCUGUAGAAAUCCUGGACGGUGCAGCAUAGAUGAAUCGGUGUUUUGCUACCCUGGAAAAUCGAUCAUGGCAGGCAUAUCGGCAUUUGGAGUAAAUGCAGUCGCAGUGCCUCUGUUUAUCGCAAAUUAAUAACAUUCUCAUCAGAUAAAAUAGGGCUGUUGUUCCGCGACAGUGUAGGUUACUCGCAUUUCGGAUUCGAUUACAGAACGUCCUAUUGUUAAAUUGCGGAAAACGUUUUACUUUAAAAUGUCAGUAACAUGUUUAGUGUGCAUGCAUGUAUGUAUGACAGCUAAACAAUUCGUUCUUGCGUACCACACACGAGCUAGUCUUCACUUCGGGUGAACCAGGCCACAGAAAGGGCUGCUCGGAUCUUGGACAAAUGAGAAUGCUAUAAAGACCACAUUAAGAAGGAGCCAUUACAGCCUAGCCCUCAGUUCUGAUAAAUAUCGAGUGGGCUGGCGAACCACGAGGGUAGGUCCUCCCACUGUAGGACUCACUAUCUUUCCUCUCCCGCUCACCAGCCGACUGUCAAAGCCCGUCAAACAACUGGUGAUUAGAUUGAGUGCAAUAGCUGAUAGGGCUGAAAAGCCCAUCUACCUGUGCCGUGCUCGACCUGGUUCAAACUUCGUUGGCCACAUCACACUAAGUGACAUAGCUCCGCGGGGAGUGCUCACGGACGCAAUGCGAAUUACAUUCACAGUGAUCCUGAGCGCGUUACACUCAUCAGAUGAUAUUUUGGCAGAUUUUGAAUAAAUCAUAUCAAUGAAUUACGUGAGCCUGGUAGUCAUCUGGUGGAUUCUAGGUGAAUUACUUUGGAAAUCCUGCUUGGGCAGUCAACUUACUGUAUCAGAUUUGGUGGAUUCCAGACGUUGCAUUAGGUUGGGCGGGUAACUUGACCCAAGUGUGAUAAAACUCGCGUCGUCCGGCGGGGCCUCGUAGCUCAGGUGGUUAGAGCGUUGGCUGUACUAAAGCCUUCCCCCUUACUGCGUGGGUUCGGAUCCCACCGAGGCGCCGAGUUUUUCACAGAUGGGUCAAUAUGAACUCAUCAGAUGGUUUUGGUUGAUACCCGACUACUGUCUUCUCCGUGUUGGUGGUCAGUUAAAAGUUUGUGCGGUCGAAGGCAAAAAAGGUCCAUACUUCGCUGCAUGUUCGUUUCCGUCGUGGCGUUGAGCGCGCAGUCAUCCGCGAACAGGAGAUCACAAAUAAUGGUCGUGGAGGGUCGUAUAAAUGCCUGUAUGUGUGGACGAUAGCACAACUGUCCAUCAGUUCGGUAGGUGGUUUAUUCCUGACCGCUCUUCACCACUAGCGUCCAUCAGCAUAGCAGAGAACAUGAGUGUAAAGAGGGCGCGGACGAAUACAAAACUCUGAGGUCGCCUCAUUGGUCGUGCGCCCAUCCAUCGUUCCGUCGUAGAGUUGUGCCAUCUGUUUAGACCGUCCCGAAAGUCCGGAUUUCAGCAUCACUUCCCGGAGCCCGUUGUGGUUGGCCGUAUAGAAGGUGUUGUGUCCCCGAGACGAGCCGCGCGGGAGCUGCGCCGUACCAAUUAAGAUCGGGGUUCGACAUGCGUUAUUGGGCUGCGCACCCCUAAUAAAUGCCAUACAGGAGUGUUUGGUGACGCGCCUAGCUGCAGGCUCGCGCCGCGCCAGCAACCUGGGCUCGAUCCCUCCUCUGGCUUGCCUGACUAGCGAGGGAGGAGAGAGCGCUGUAGAUGCAGCAGAGCACACGGUGGACCUCGCUUGGAACGACGGUUGGACUGUCGCGUGGAAGAUCUCUGUCAAACGUGUUGUUUGGUAAGACACGAAGAUAUAAAUCCCCCCUGAACAAUAUUUUCAUAUCGUGCGUCCUUAUUUGGUAUGGGUAGCCCAUAAAAAUUAGCAGUAAUCUCUUAGACUUCUUUACUAGAAUAUCCAAAUUAAAAAGAAUUUAAUUGUUGCCUGCUUAUCGCAUUAAAACAGGCAUUCGGCGCAAAUAGGAUUUUUACAGCAAGACGCGGGAAUAGGAGCUCCCGCAAUACAGAGGACUCUGUACUAAAUUCCAUGAAGAUGCCCCUGCCUUAACCACGAGUCUAGCCUUAACCAUAAUAUGCCUAGGAUUAUGUGCAAGACCACCUGUAUUAUGGAGGAUUCCUACUGUUCAAUUAACCUAAAAUCACCUAUGCUGUCUUGAAGGCCACGUAACGGCAACAGACCUCAAAGAAUUUUGAUAACACCUAUCAAACUACCUAAAUUAAGUAAAUAGGCACUGUUUAUGAAUUAAAGUCAACGGGUUCUAUUCGUGUCUCACCUGUUGUAGGGUCUGUUUUUCAUUUCUUGACAUUUCUCUUGUACUUGGAGGGCAGCGAAGGUCAUGCCUAUGGCACCACGGUUCAAUCGAGAUUCUUAUUAACUUUCAAGGAGAAGUCCUUUCACCGGGGGAGAUAUAGGCGAGCGAAGAUUUUGCCUGCGAUGUUGAGGAAUUAGAUGCCUCCGUGGUUACUGGUGGUCAUAAUAUUUGUAAUGUUCCCCUGGGCGCUCGGUGAUUCGCCGUUGGACAUGUGUUUUACAACUUUGCUGGUUUCUUAAACCGGGGACGGACGGUCGAGCUCUGCGUUGGUUUCUAUUUGAGGUUUUCUGUUGAUGGCUUCUUUGGAUAUUAUGUAUGAUCGACUUAGAACGCCACUGAAUUGCCCAGCCUUGCACUCCAGAAUUUACGAUUUUGUCGUCAGGAGAGUUGUUCUGUCGAAACUGAGCAGCGAGGCAGUUUCUUUAAUGUAGGAGCCACGCAUCGGCUUGAUGAAAGCGAAGAAUUUCUUCCCAGGCGUUAAUAUGCCCAGAUUUUUCCAAACAAAACUCUUCAUGUUUGAAAUUUGACGCGGUGAUGAAUACUUUUUAGCAGUUAGUUGAAGUUCGGAAAUCCUAACCGGGUUUUGGCAUAAGUGGUUAAUGGAUAAAGGCUUGUGUGUAGUUUGUGAAAUCUUGUGUUGCAACAAUUUUGUUUGAGAAGCAAUCUGCUUGAGAUUUGAUUGAAGAUAAAAGUAUAUACUCCACAAAGGUUGACAGCCCACGUCGAAAUACACGUUCCGCUUUUAAAACCGCACAUCUUGUCACUUGGUAUUUUCCUCACUCGUAUGCCCUGCCUACCGAACUCUCAGUUCGUAAUCAUAUAAUAGUAGACGCUUGACCACAGUGAGCAGGAGCGCCUGUGUGGUUUGUGUGCUAAUAGCAGUGAAUACGACUUAAUCUUGGACUGCGUGCGUCGGCAGACCCAAAAAGCCGCCAUAUUUGUGUAAGUCUAUCUACUCCAUCUCGCUAAAAAUCUACCGAGUUUUAUCGUUAUAGUCUGUCCCAUUGCCUGUAGUCCAACUCACGUCUGCAGUUUUGUUGGCCGACGUUCUGUCGCUAUGUUCUGCCACCCACGCUUGUUCAUUUCCUGUGUCAACAACCAACGCUUUGUCCUUAUUUCGCAUUGCAAAUUGCGUAGGAUAUGUUAUGAGCCUCUGCUAUUCUGGCAUGACUGAAGCGAUCUGCGUGAUGCUGCUUAGUACUUAAAAAUCGCAACGUUAAACACAACUAUAGGCAGCUGACCGUGGAAUGGUCAGGACUUAGUUUUAGGUCCCACUUCUUACCUUUUAUCGUGACGCCGAUGGGUUGGGCCUUUUUCAGCCUGCUGAAAAGUUAAUUCUAACAUUAGUCGUUAGACCUCACAUUUUAGAUGAGUAGGUGUCAUAAUGUCCAUACUCCACUAUCUGCCACCUAGUAAGUCCGUCAGCCCACUCGCUGAUGAGGCAGGUCGACCACAACAACCCUUGGUACUUACCAAGCUGUCUUGCACGCUAAACAAUCGUUGGAAUUCACAAGACCGCCAUCGCUGCUUCUAGGGUGCGUCACAGAUUCAGUGUCUGGAAGAUGAGGUUAUGCAGGGAUGGAGUACCGACAAAGAACGGCCAUUUCAGAUUUUUUAGCUGUCUUCAGGUAGCCAUAGCAAAUCCUGGAUUUUCGGGAGCCGGGGUUCGAACCUGGAUUCUCUGGUUAUCGGGCGUCCUAAGUCCAGCACCCUUCCUUAGCAACGGAACGAGCAUGUCCCCACCCUAUUUGGUGAACGCCCUGUCUACGCUAGAUGAAAAUGUGUUUAGUUUGACAGUCUUGGGCUGAAGGAAACUUGGGAGGACAGCGUAUUAACUAUCUAUGAGGCCCACGCUUGCGGCAGGGAAGUUCAUGCCGUCCAUUGCGUGCUGCCAUCUCGAUGUUUCGUCCUAUUAAUCCCUAACACAAACGUAUACAACGAUUGUCAUCGGCAAAUUAAAGACGACGACCACCCUCUGCGACCUGUCUAAAAAGACGAUAGUUAUGCGCUUAAGCCCCACACUGACCCGCUGGUCAUUGAGGACCCGUUCUUUCUCAUUGUUUGGGAUCGGUUUCUAUUCCACGUAAACCAUCUCGUUGAACUCGCUCCGGCGCUUAAGGGUGGUGGCAGUAGAUACUAAAGUGCUCAAUCGGACGCAGUCGGCCAAAAGUUUGAAACUUUUCCACAUCACUUUAGACUACUGCUUGCCACAGAGCGAAAUUGUAACCACCUACCCGAGAAGCAUGUCGUCGAACCAGCCGCCAAUACUUUUUUUUCUUUCGAUACGUGCGGUUCGCGCGACUGUGGCGCAUUCACGCAUUCCUUGUCGCGGCGGGAAUCUCGGGCGCCGGGUUUAUUUUCUUGUCUACAGUUAGUGACCUAACUCAUGAAAUGUGUCCAAAUUUACGAAUGAUUGCCAAUCACUCGCAAACCGACACCAUUUCAUGAGUCCGAUUUCUAUGUUAAUUAACUACAAUUUUAAAAAAAUUAAAAACAUAAAAGAAUUGUUAAAGGCAUUGUUGCGUUGUUUAGAAAUGCCGAUUUGUUUUGAAAAGCGCAAUAUCCCGAAAAUGUCAGAAAUGGCUCUAAUUAAGUAAAGUUCGUUUUUAGAUACACAAAAUGUAUUAUCAUACCAAAAACGUGGUAAAUAUGAAAGUAGACAUAAAAUAGCGUUUAAUAACAGUGUUUUAGUGAAGUUUACAUCUAAAUAUUGUUUAAUAAGUAGUGUGAUUUCAUAUAUGACGGUUUGUCAACUGCCUACAUCCUGAGUGCAGAUUCAAAAACAGUUUUCCAGUGAGUCCUCCGUUAUUUUAUUUUUUUGAAGUAAAUGAGAUGGGAUCCAGCAAGAGAAGCUGGAUUUUGCUUGAUUUCACCGAUGGAGAUGUUGUAGAAUCAAAAGUUUUCAUAAGGUGACAUGCUUUGAGGCCGGUCGGUGCCUAACAAAUUUAAAUAGAACUGACAGGCGUGAUCGUAAACGUACCAUUUUGUGUUUAUAGAGAUAAAUUUUCUUCCUUUAAAUUAAUUUACACUUCUCGUUCGUUUUGGAUUACGUUGAGUUUCAAAUCGGCCUCGAAAUGUUGCUGAAUACUUUAUGUUUUUCAGUGUUUUCAUCCGAUCGUCCAUAAAGACAGACGCUGAAUUACCUGUCCGUUGAGAACUUUAAAAUAAGAUUAUUCUUGAUGGCAUAUACCAAAUUAGUGAGUGUUCGGGCGCCACUUUUCACGAAGAUGGUCGUUUGUGUCACAUAUGAAGACUCAUUCAAACAUCAAACUUCAUUUUCGAGAAAAAUGUCUGUCCACAACGAAAGUCAGCAACGAAUAUGCCUUCGAACAAUAAGAAAACUUUCCUUAUUAAGUUACCUCUUUAAGAAGUGCUUUAUUACUGAACUCCGUUGAAGGAUCUCUGCGUACUUUGCAUUUUUGCACGGUGAGGCCAAGUAAAAAUGCGACACUUAUGGCCGCUUCUUUCACUUUCCUGAUAAUUACUACUAUUUUUCUACCGUGAACGUAAGAGCACGCCUUUCUCUAUAUAUCGAGGCCAUUUCCACUGUUUUUGCUCGCUUUUAGACUCCGUUCUUCGAUGAUCAAUGCACGAUACAGCGCCCAUAUAAAUACUGACAUUUUGCUGGAACUAUUAAUGUUUUGCUCGUUCUGUUUCUGAAUGAGAUAUGCACAGAAGCUAAACUACACGACAAGUAGUGUUUCAUAUGUUUAAAGCUGGAAAUGACCAUUCCGUGGUGGUCAUCAAUGUGACAUCAGGUAGAAUUUUCCAAACAGUAAAAUAAUUUCUGUCGAUUUGUACGAAGGAAUCCCUAUCUGCGUUUAUACUGCACUUUUGGACACCAACUCGCACAUAUCUGCUAAUUUGACAUUUAGAAAUUGAUAAAACCUGUGGUUUUCUUAAAAUAGCCUUUGUGUUAGCAGGUUGAUCAACAUGGUUAUCAUCGGACUUAAACUAAAAUUUCGAGUUCGGUUAAAUCUGCUUAUUAAAACUUUCGCGGGUAAAUUACUAUCCUUUCAAUAAAAAAAGUCGCUCAGAUGCGUAACCGGAGUCUUGAACAUGUAUUGGCAUAGGAGAUUGCACGAAUAUAAUCAAAUGUCCAUCUUCGCUACAAAUUUACUGAUAUUUUAUUUGAUAUAAUUACGUGAACACAAUUUCUCCACACGAAAAGGGCGUUUUACUGAGGGAAGUGGAUGAGCGAACAAAAUGCUCAACGUUAAAGGCGUCCAGAAAUUCUACCAUUAGUUUCCGUUUUCAGAUUUCAUGAGAUAGGUCACGUACUGUACCUCCUCCGUGCACUACUGAUGUACCCACCACUUUGUGUGCUUUCUUUUUCAGGUUGAUAGGAUGGGGCAAGAUUCGUCGCGGAGUUACAAUAAAUCCAAGGCCCUAA